AUGGCUGAACGUAUCCAGCAACAGCAGAGUAGCGAGCAGAAUCGGGAGUGGGCCCCGUCUGCUCGAAGCGCCUACUACGAUAGCCGUAUCGCAAACACACUGUUCUCGCCCAGCUAUCCCGCCAAUGAUCCUGAUACACCCACCUGGGAAGAUGGCUUGAGGGAGAUUGACGAGUUCAAUUGGCUGAGGAGCGACGACGAGGAGGAUAUACACAACAAAGGUGAGGAGUCACCCCCCGAGACUAACCUCACUCCCAACCCCGCAGCUACUAUGGAGGAGUGCUCAGAGUACGGCGAGGGAUCAUCGCUCCAGUAUGAAGGCGCUCUCAGUGAACCGACACCAGUACCUCAGGUUUUUAAACCGUACAAACCACUUCCGUCUCGUACCUCACCUCCAGAGAUCCUCGAGCCUACACCAAUCUACGGGCCUACCAACCCUGUCCAUCGUCUGCGACCCGACUUGAGCGCCCAGUCGUACUCGAGCACUCCAGUCCGCCCGAGCACUCCACCCUACCAGAAUCCUUACGCCAAUCCAGAUGUACAGACCCCUCAAACCGCCCAGGUACCUCGAAGCCUCGAGUACCUCCAAAGUAUGCGGUACUCCCCACCCCUUCCCACUAUCCGCGAGCAAAAAGUCCCAGGCGAUGAAGUCCUGGUCGAGAUGUUGUACAACACAGUGGUAUUUGAUCACCCUGUAUCCUCUUCCGAUCCCAAGGAUCCUAACCAGUCCCAGGAAUACUUCAACAACAUGAAGGCCCGAGAACAAGGUAACAUUUCCCUCACUACCCCACCGACCCCCGCCUUCAAAUCGAUCCCAAAGUACAAAGCUGACAUUCGAAACAAAGCCGCCCUCGCUGGUGCCGCCGACGCCGAAGCCGAAUACCACAACAAGCGCGUCAAUCUCGCACCCCCCACUGGCGUCGUAGUACCAGACUUGAUUGCCACCAUCAAAGCUCGUCAUGCUACUCCGCCUGCAAAGAAGCGGGGAGCCAGCAACAACAGCAAGGGUAAGGAGCAGGCUUCUAGUCCUGCUUCUUCGGCUACCUUGGCGGCUUCGAGCCCUUCGCCGGCUUCACGUCCUUGA